GCGAGGGCGAGCGCGCCAAUGGGAGCGUCAGACGCCGCGGCCGCCGUAGACGCCGCGCGCGCCAGGGUUUUCCCGCGAAAUCCGCCCGGGGAGCGCGGUGUCCGUGUGGCGCGGCUGUGAGGUGCAGUCAUGUCGGGCUUCGACGACCCCGGCAUCUUCUACAGCGACAGCUUCGGCGGCGACCCCGGCGCCGACGAGGGCCAGGCCCGCAAGUCGCAGCUGCAGAGGCGCUUCAAAGAGUUCCUGCGGCAGUACCGAGUGGGCACCGACCGCACCGGCUUCACCUUCAAGUACAGGGAUGAACUCAAGCGGCAUUACAACCUGGGGGAGUACUGGAUCGAGGUGGAGAUGGAGGACCUGGCCAGCUUUGACGAGGAGCUAGCAGACUACUUGUACAAGCAGCCAGCCGAGCACCUGCAGUUGCUUGAGGAAGCUGCCAAGGAGGUGGCCGACGAGGUGACCCGGCCCCGACCUGCGGGUGAGGAGGUGCUCCAGGACAUCCAGGUCAUGCUCAAGUCAGACGCCAGCCCAUCCAGCAUUCGCAUUCUGAAGUCAGACAUGAUGUCACACCUGGUGAAGAUCCCUGGCAUCAUCAUCUCAGCUUCUGCCGUUCGUGCCAAAGCCACCCGCAUUUCCAUUCAGUGCCGCAGCUGCCACAAUACCCUCACCAAUAUUGCCAUGCGCCCGGGUCUAGAGGGCUAUGCCCUUCCCAGGAAGUGCAAUAUGGAUCAGGCUGGGCGCCCAAAGUGCCCCUUGGACCCCUACUUCAUCAUGCCUGACAAGUGCAAGUGCGUGGACUUCCAGACGCUGAAGCUGCAGGAGCUGCCUGAUGCGGUGCCUCAUGGAGAGAUGCCCAGGCAUAUGCAGCUCUACUGCGACAGGUACCUGUGUGACAAGGUUGUUCCUGGGAACAGAGUCACCAUCAUGGGCAUCUAUUCCAUCAAGAAGUUUGGCUUGAAUUCCAGCAAGGGCCGGGACAGGGUGGGUGUGGGCAUCCGGAGCUCCUAUAUCCGAGUCCUGGGCAUCCAGGUGGACACAGAUGGCUCUGGCCGUAGCUUUGCUGGGUCUGUCAGCCCACAGGAAGAGGAGGAAUUCCGUCGCCUGGCUGCUCUCCCCAACAUCUAUGAGCUCAUCUCCAAGAGCAUUUCCCCCUCCAUCUUUGGGGGUAUGGAUAUGAAGAAGGCUAUAGCCUGCCUGCUCUUUGGGGGCUCCCGGAAGAGGCUCCCUGAUGGACUCACUCGCCGAGGUGACAUCAACCUGCUGAUGUUGGGGGACCCUGGCACAGCCAAGUCGCAGCUUCUGAAGUUUGUGGAGAAGUGCUCUCCCAUUGGGGUGUACACAUCUGGAAAAGGCAGCAGUGCUGCAGGCUUGACCGCCUCAGUGACACGGGACCCCUCCUCCCGAAACUUCAUCAUGGAAGGUGGAGCCAUGGUUCUGGCCGAUGGUGGCGUUGUCUGUAUUGAUGAGUUUGACAAGAUGCGGGAAGAUGACCGUGUGGCAAUCCACGAAGCCAUGGAGCAGCAGACUAUCUCCAUUGCCAAAGCUGGGAUCACUACCACCUUGAACUCUCGCUGCUCUGUUCUGGCUGCAGCCAACUCAGUGUUUGGCCGAUGGGACGAGACCAAAGGGGAGGAUAAUAUUGAUUUCAUGCCUACCAUCUUGUCCCGAUUUGACAUGAUCUUCAUUGUCAAGGAUGAACACAACGAGGAAAGGGACAUGAUGCUGGCCAAACAUGUGAUCACUCUACAUGUGAGUGCGCUGACACAGACGCAGGCUGUGGAGGGUGAGAUCGAACUAGCCAAGAUGAAGAAGUUCAUUGCCUACUGCCGAGCGAGGUGUGGCCCUCGACUGUCUGCAGAGGCAGCAGAGAAACUGAAGAACCGCUAUAUCAUCAUGCGGAGUGGGGCCCGUCAGCAUGAGAGGGACAGCGAUCGCCGUUCCAGCAUCCCUAUCACUGUGCGGCAGCUGGAGGCUAUUGUGCGCAUCGCUGAGGCCCUUAGUAAGAUGAAGCUGCAACCCUUUGCCACCGAGGCCGAUGUUGAGGAGGCACUGAGGUUGUUCCAGGUGUCCACACUGGAUGCUGCUCUGUCUGGCAAUCUGUCAGGGGCGGAGGGCUUCACUACCCAGGAGGACCAAGAGAUGCUGAGCCGCAUCGAGAAGCAGCUCAAGCGCCGCUUUGCCAUCGGCUCCCAGGUGUCCGAACACAGCAUUGUUCAAGACUUCACCAAGCAGAAGUAUCCAGAGCACGCCAUCCGAAAGGUGCUGCAGCUCAUGCUGCGCAGGGGAGAGGUCCAACACCGCAUGCAGCGCAAGGUGCUCUACCGCCUCAAGUGAGCCCACUGCCCAUCAGCCCCAGACCUGAGUGCGGCCACUGCUCCAGCUCCUGGCUUCUUGCACUUCUGCGUCCUCUGUCUGAAGGAGCGUGUGCUGCCUUACCCUCGCCUCUGACUGCUGUCUGCAGUCGCCUGCAGCCCCUCAGAAUGCGCUUUGGUCUCUUGGCCUCAAAGACUGUUUGGAUGCCUGAGGGCUCUGAUAUAGGUGCCUAGCCCCUGUCCUGCCUCCUGCAAGAUAGGUCUGGCUCCUGGACUGCCAGACUGCCAAGCUUCUUCAUGUGUUCAGAGGAAAUAAAGUGAGUCCUUGGCUGCUAA